AUGGCGGCCUCCUCGGUGCUCGUGCCCCUCUACGUCUAUCCCUUUCCAGGCGCCUGGCAACCCCUCUACGAUGCCAUAACCGCCCACCCACGGACUCAAUUCCUGGUUGUCAUCAAUCCGGGCAACGGACCAGGGCCUGCCCCCCUCCCGGAUGCCAACUACUGUCGCGAGAUUCCGAAAUUAAGGUCUCACUCCAACGUAGCCGUCUUUGGCUACGUUCACGUUGUCUGGCUCCAACGCGACCUGGACUCAGUGUCUACCGAUGUGGAGACGUAUGCUGCCUGGCCCAGUCAGGAUCCCACCAUGGCUGUGGACGGCAUCUUUGUCGACGAGGCGCCCAUCAGAGCCGAUGCCCAUACGGUCACAUACCUUGGCAGCCUCACUAACCUAGUCCAUCGUUGUUGGCCUAAGCGCUGCGCCUACCUCGCUAGCGGCGAUUCGCCUGCCCCUGUCUCUGUUUCUCAAACUGACACAGAGACUGAUUUACCAACCGUACGUUACCCAAUCCCUGCAAACGCUCAUGUCUCAGUACGCUAUUGA